ACAUACACGCCAUUUACGGUAAGAAAUUCUCGGAAUUUCUUGUUCGCGGCACUCUGUCGUCGUCCGCGCUGAUGUGAGUAACACGAAAGGGGGAGAAUUAUUGACGCGAUUCGCGCGUGCGACCGGUCCCGCAAUCAUUACGUUUACAAUUAUUGCGCGGUAGACCGAGUUUGAUCAGUCCAAAGGUUAGAUUCUCAAUAGAUUGAUUCAAAUAAGAAAAAAUAAAUAAUAGAAAUAUACAAAUCCUAGUUGCUUCUGUCUUCGGACUAGUGAGCAGGUAAAGGAUUUAUAAUUAAAAUCAAAAUGUCAUUGUGGGCAAAAGCACAACAAUUACCACAGGAUGCAUUACAACAAGUACGUUCAGUAUAUGGAGAACAUUUUCCAAUAGAAGUCCGUCAUUUUUUAUCUUCUUGGAUAGAAGAAAAAAUGUGGACUGAUAUAGAACCUGAUAAUCCACAAUAUGAACAAUAUAUAGCUACUCUUGUUAGAUCUUUAAUACAAGAAUUAGAAACUAAAGCAGCUUCUUUAAAUACAGAUGAUAUGUUUUUAACAAAAUUAAAAUUAAUGGAAGCUGCCAAAAAUUUUCGUCAAAGAUAUACUCAUAAUCCAGCAGCUUUAUUUAGAAUAAUUAGACAUUGUCUAGGAACAGAAAUGAAAUUAGUAGCACAAGUUGAAAAUGUUGGAGGUACUUUAAUGAAUAUGGCAGGAGGAAAAGUAGGGUUGAUUAGUGAUGCUGUUGCUGAAAUAGCUCAGCAUGUUGAAUCUUUGCGACGUAGAACCCAAGAAACUGGAGAAGACUUACGAAAAAUGGAGCAAGAACAAGAAGCAUUUGCUAUUAGUUACCAUGAAUGUACUAAAUUAAAUGCUCAUCUUCAACAUUUUGCAACACAGCCACAAAAUCAACAAAAUCUAGAUAUGGAGAAAAAAAUUAGAAGGCAAAAGGAACAACAAGAACAAUUAUUGAACCACAAAGUAGCAGGUUUAAUGCAAUUACGAUUAACAUUAGCUGACAAACUGAAAGACACCAUUACUAGAUUAAAUAGCUUGCAAUCUAGAGUUUUAGAUGAUGAACUUAUUCGAUGGAAAAGAGAUCAACAAUUAGGAGGAAAUGGUGCACCAUUUAACAAUAAUUUGGAUUCUAUACAAGAGUGGUGUGAAAGUUUAGCUGAAUUAAUUUGGCUAAAUCGACAACAAAUUAAAGAAGCAGAACGUUUAAAACAAAAAUUUGCACUUGAACCACCAGGAAUGCAAGAUAUUCUUCCUACUUUAAAUUCUCAAAUUACACAGCUUCUUAGUUCAUUAGUUACGAGUACAUUUAUUAUAGAAAAACAACCACCACAAGUAAUGAAAACCAAUACUCGCUUUACAAGUACAGUACGUUUACUUGUUGGUGGAAAAUUGAAUGUUCAUAUGACUCCUCCACAAGUCAAAGUGAGCAUCAUUAGUGAAGCUCAAGCAAAUGCUUUAUUAAAAAGUGAUAAAAUGGCAAAAAAUGGUGAAGCCAGUGGAGAAAUUUUAAAUAAUACAGGCACAAUGGAAUAUCAUCAAGCAACAAGACAACUCUCUGUAAGCUUCCGUAAUAUGCAGUUAAAAAAAAUCAAAAGAGCAGAAAAAAAAGGGACAGAAUCUGUGAUGGAUGAAAAAUUUUCGCUUCUUUUUCAAUCACAAUUUAGCGUUGGAGGAGGUGAAUUGGUAUUUGCAGUCUGGACAUUAAGUUUACCUGUCGUAGUUAUUGUUCAUGGAAAUCAAGAACCACAUGCAUGGGCUACAGUUACAUGGGACAAUGCAUUUGCUGAACCUGGAAGAGUGCCAUUUGCAGUACCUGAUAAAGUUCCAUGGGGUCAAGUAGCUGAAGCAUUAAAUGUUAAAUUUAAAUCUGCGACAGGUCGUGCAUUAACAGAAGAUAAUCUACGAUUUCUCGCAGAAAAAGCAUUUCGCGGUGGAAAUGCAAGCGGACAAGAUUAUUCUAGUUUACUUUUGAGUUGGGCACAGUUUUGCAAAGAACCAUUACCUGAAAGAAAUUUCACAUUCUGGGAAUGGUUUUAUGCUGUAAUGAAAUUAACUAGAGAACAUUUAAAAAACCCAUGGGUCGAUGGUUAUAUAUUAGGAUUUGUAAGAAAAAGACAAGCAGAAGAAAUGUUGGCAAAUUGUGCAUCAGGAACAUUCCUAAUGCGUUUUUCAGAUUCUGAACUUGGAGGUGUUACUAUUGCUUGGGUUGGAGAUCAAACAGAAGUUUUUAUGCUACAACCAUUCACAAGUAAAGAUUUCGCCAUUCGGAGUUUAGCUGAUCGUGUAUUUGAUUUACAACAUUUACUUUAUCUUUACCCUGAUAUAUCAAAGGAUCAAGCAUUUUCUAAAUAUUAUACUCCGUUUACAGAAAAUCAAUCAACAUCAACGAAUGGAUAUGUAAAACCAUUUUUGGUAACACAUGUACCUGGAUGGGGUGGGCCUGGAGUCGGUGGACAAACACCGUCGCACUCUUCUGUAGUUGGAGUAGGAAGUAGUGGUCAAAGUGGCCCUGGUAGUAGUUAUCCUGCAACACCAUCUACUAUGUUUCAAGCGCAUAGUCCAGAUCCUUCUGUAACUCGUGAUACUCCAUCAGUGGCUUCCAGCUACGCUCCGGGCCUUGGCCAGUCAAGCGUUGGGCGAACAAAUUCGGACAUGGACUAUGUGGAGUUGAUGGGCCAUCCUGAGCUGCCUUCGAUCGACGAAAAUCUCAACUUGGAUCAUUUUAGCUUCAACGAAUUCAUACAAACAUACAACACUAAACCACAAUAGGUAUGUUUAGGCGCGAUCAUUUUUCCUGUCUAAAUUUUUAUUAAUUGCCUUCGUUUUUCACUUUAAAUCACUUUUUCAAUCAUUCAACAUCAUUCAACAUUGUAAUUUGUUAUUAUUAUUAUUAUUGUUCUUUUUUAUAGGGGAGGGAUGUAAAAAUGUUUUUGUUGUCUUGAAUAUAUUAUCUUCUAUAUCUAUUAAUUAUAUUCGCUUCUAAAAAAAAAAAAAAUCUGACAUAUCUUCUUUCAUUAUGAGUGCAAUAUAGAUAUAUGUACAGAGUGAAGCACGUAAUUGCAAUCGUUACGAUUAUUCUGCAAAUAAUGAUCUUAAUUAAAAAUAUUUCGGAUAAAAAUUGAAUGUUUUCUAAGGGAAUAUUAUUUUAAUAUUAUAAUAUUAAUUAUAUAUUAAUUAAUUUUUUUUGUAAAUAAAUUUCCUUAUCUAUGAAGGAAAUAUAUGAAGAAGUUUAUUUUUUUUAAUUAAAAUCAUUAUUUAUAGAAUAAUUGAAAUAAUUUCAAUUAUUUGCUCUAUUCUGUAUAUAAAAUGUAAAUGAAAAUAACUUUUAUAAAAACUAUUUAGUCGUUUAAUUUUACAAACAGAUGAUAGCAUUUAUAUGUAUUAUGAGUAAUUCAUGUGUCGCUUGAAUACUUUUAGUUUGGAUAAAAUAUUUAUUACAUAAUAAUGUCAUUUAAUAUUUAAGUAUAUUCAAUUAAAUGAAAUUGAACGAAUCGAAUAUUUGAUACAUGAUGAUUGAAAAAAUUGAUCUUGUUUUAUUAUUUAGAUUUUAUUUGAAAAAAAAAAAAAAGAAAAUAUCAUUAUAAUAUUCUAUUAUAGUAGUAGUGCAAAUAUAAUAUACAAAAAAAAAAUAUAGCAUAUUAACUUUGAUUGUUGCAUAGUCUGCAAUUUUAAAAAUUAUAUUUUUUUAUAAGAUAAUGAUAUUUCUUUUAGAAACGUAAAAACAUUAAAUAAAUAUUGUGCUCUCCUUUUUGUCUCUAAGAAUUACCUGUAAUUAUAUAAUGGCCUAGCAAAAUUUUUGGUUAUUUAUUAAAAAAAAAAAAAAGAGAGAAAAAAAAGAUAUAAAGGAGAAAAUGAUGAGCGAGAGAACAACGAUGAGAUCUAGAUGUCAACAGAGAGUAGAAUUGUUAUAAUAAUCGCAUAGAAUAUAUUAAUACAGACAAUCAUUUUCACGUCCACUUAUGUAAAUAGAGAAUUUACAGAAAAUUAGAAUUUUAAUUUAUCAAUAAUCUAGAAUAUCGAAAUGAGAAAGAGAGAAGGGGCUUGUGCAACGUUAAUAUAGAGUAUAUAUAACAUGCAAUUCUGUGUGACCUAAAUAUGUGCCUUAAAAAUCUUCGAAUUUUUGCUUGUUAUAUUUUUUAACAAAACUCUUAAGACAAGUUGCAUGUAUUUUUGGUAUGAAAUAUUUUUUUUCCUCGUUUGACUCAUCGUUCGAUUUGAUAAGGAAAUGAUGUAUUUUCUACACGUCUAAACGUUUUAUAUAUUUAAACGUUACUUGUUUAAAGAUAUUUAAAAGAACGAAAUCUAUUUGAUGCGUAAUAUUUUUAAUGAUGCGACGAAAAAAAAAAAAAAAGAAUAUGUAUUUUCCAAUUAUCGAAAUAAAAAUUUCGAUAAACAUAUUAGAUUUCUAAACAUAAGAAAUUCUUAUCGCUAAUUAAAAAUAUAUAGUUAUUCGUUUUUUAUAAUAAUUGUAUACCCUCCCCUGUAAUUUAUGUAAUCUAUCGAAAAUUAAUUGUUGCGCGUAUGUAAACCAUCGACGUAGAUCAUUAUAUUUCAUUUUGGGUAGAUUUGAAGACAUCGUUAUCCUCAUUAUAUUUACUAUAUAUAAUAUAAAUAUUAUAUAAUAUAUAUAUAUAUAUGUGUAUGCGCGUAUGUAUGUAUGUGUGUAAUCGCGUAUGGAUUCAUGUAUGUACGAAUUUAUGUAUGUAUAAAUGCAUGCAUGUACUUGCGUACCAUGUAUAUGCGUGUGUGUACAUACACGUGUAUGUGUAUGUAUGAAUGUAUGUAAAGAGACAAGUAAACUUCUGAUUGUAAACGUUAAA